UUUCCCUAAGCACUCUUUAAAUGUGUCACCUCAGCUUAGCAACAGUAGUGAUUUUAUUGUCUCACACAAUUGAACUUUUUUUAUAUGAUUUAGUAUAUGUGCAAAUAAUUUGUAUUCUCUCCUAUAAUCAAAAUUUACCAGUUAAAGUGGAAGACUGCUUAUUGUGAAAACAGUGUGUUUACACUGCAAAAUGCUCCACAAGCCUUUAGCUUCACUUAUUGACCCCCAAGAUUUUCAAAAGUGCAAUGUAAGAAUAUAUUAUUCAACAACCUGCCCUGUAUUAUAAAAAGGAUAUGCUUGAGAAACAACAGCCUUGAAUUUGCCAUGCUGAAAUCCUUGCUUUAGAUACAAGGCCUUGUUCUUACUGAUAUAGUAGAUCCUGCCUCCAUUUCACUCCUCACAGAAAAAAUCAAAUCCUAAAGCUGGACAUUCUAAGAUAAUUUCUCCCUUUAAAGAACUAUGUUUUAACUAUUUUCAUACGAGGGACCACUCCAGCUUUGAAUCAGUCUAAAACAAGACGUUGCCAUGGAAAUAAUGCUGCAUAUGUUUAAUAUAGAAACAUUCCACCUGCAAAAUGUAAUGCCAUAUUUUCAGUGUAAAGCUAUCGCCACUGUUAGCACUGACCAGGAAUAUGAUUAUGUGUGACUGUUGCACAGAUAUGAAACGUCUUUAGACUGCUGAAUGAACUCCUUUGUUUUCUUGGAGAUAUUUUCUAAGACAUUGUAAGCAUUAGUUUUAUGUUUACAUAAUGUGGCUGGCUGCAAAGCACUCCUGCUGUGUCCUUAAAACAGCUUUGUACAUACUGUUCAUUAAAGAGAGUAAUUUUAAAUCCAUAUUUAGGUAUUAUAUAGGAGCCCCUGAUUGAUGCAUAUGCAAAAUAGAUGCACUCCCGCAGUCUUAGAUUUUCAUUAGACUUUCAGUUAUGAAUAUAAACUAGACUCCUGAAUGGCCAAUUUUGGUAGUGUUUAUUUCUUUUUAAAUUCAGUUUUGCCUCAUGGAUAUGAUGGGAUUUUAUAUUUAAAGCCUGAGUGUAUAUAUCCAUUUAAUGCUGAGUGAAGAGGUGUAACUGUGGCCCCCUUUAGUCCUGACAUUGACAUGUGUUUCCAGAUCAGUACUUGACCACAUAAAUAGCAUCCAAGGUGUAUUGUGAUCAGAACAAAAUAUGUGUAAAUGAUGAUGCACAUUUUAUUUAUUUUACUGUACUACAAUCAUUAUCCAACACAACAAAUAUUAUGAUUGUGCACUCUGGUCACUCAUUUUAGUAUUAACUUUGUUUCUCCUUUAAACCAUAUUAAAAAAAAUGUAUUGUGAAAACGUUUCAAAAGUAAGUUAAGUGUAUUUGCAGAGAACAGUAUAAAGUAUAAAUUAAGUCCAGUUAAAGAGUAUCCAGAUAUGAAACACAUUUUAAUGGCAGAUGUAUAGGGGGCUUUGUUGAGUGUGUAACUUACCAGAUUCAGUCUUGAUGACUUUUAUGCUAGGAAAUCAGACUCUGAAUCUCCCUUUCCUCCAUUUCUGUAUAGAUGAUCAGCUUUCAGAUAAUGAGGGUCUGAAGAAGAGGAUUGUAUUUCAAGUCAAACUAAAUAAAGUGGAUGAGGUUGUGCCACCCCAGAAACCCAUGUGGGACAACUCAAAUGCAGAUGUGAGGGUGGCAGCAGUCAAACCACGUCCGACUAGCAAGUGUUUUGCUGUCAGCCCUGAAAUGAAUUCUCUCUGCAAUAGUCAGGAUACAGUAGUAGGCUCGCCACAACAGCCAGGGAGUCCUAGAGGCCCCUUCCUGGGUGUACUAAAAGGAACCAUACGACGGCAAACGUCUAUAGGAGUAACCGAAGAAGAGAAGCAGUUCCUAACUCCUCCAAUGUUGAAAUUUACAAGAAGCCUUUCAAUGCCUGAUACAUCAGAGGAUAUUCCACCCCCACCAGCCAUCUCCCCUCCAUCUCCACCUCAAAAUAAUGCUCCUGUCCCAGCUGGUCGAGGAUAUGGCACCAUCAGACCAGGCUUUACUUCACAGAGCCCUAAUGCAAACAGCACAGCCCCAGACAGAGGUGAAGGUUCUGGCUGGAGAGAUCAGGGCAUGUAUUACAGAGACAGUCCAGAGCAGUACGAUUCCGAGGGGUACAAUCACAGCCCAACGGCCCAACAGAGUCUUCAUAUGCGCCGUGCCCAAAUUCCGGAGAACCCUUACUCUGAUGUGGGCAAGAUGGGUCAAGCUGGACUGUUUGUGCCCAACAAGCCUGCCAGAAGGAAGGGAAUGCUUGUCAAGCAGCCCAACGUAGAAGACAGUCCUGAGAAAACCUGCUCCAUCCCAAUUCCGACCAUAAUAAUCAAAGAGCCCUCCACCAGCAGCAGCGGUAAGAGCAGUCAAGGGAGCAGCAUGGAAAUUGAGACGACCACACCCGAUCACCCAGGACAACUUCGUCCUGAAGAUGGCUUAAACUCAGGCAGUCCCUUUGCAGCUGCCAUUUCCGGUGCAGUUAGAGACCGGGAGAAAAGGCUUGAUGCUCAUCGCAACUCCCCAUCUUUUAAGUCCACAGAUGCAGGUGAUGAGGACAUGGUGCCUACCCCAGCUCCACGUCUCAGACACUCCAAGUCUAUUGAUGAGGGCAUGUUUAGCAGCGAUGAGCGGCUACGUAGGCUUAUGGCACCUCCCUCAUCACUACUUAGCAUACCUAGAGGUGGUGGCAAUGUGACGGACUUCAACAGCCCUGAGCCCACCAUGGUAAGGGAACUUUUGAACACCCGUACAGGACACAGCCCAAUCAGUCUGCCUGCUCAUAAGACCUACAGCUCAGGAAGUGGGAAUUACGUUCAUCCAGUAACAGGCAAGCCACUAGACCCCAAUUCACCAUUAGCUUUAGCAUUAGCUGCCAGAGACAGAGCCAUGAGGGACCAAUCACAGCCUCUUCCGCUAAAGAGUGACCCAUCCAAACUUGAUCUCAAUAAACCUCUUUUUAUCGACACAAAGCUUAGACCAAAUGUGGAAGUUGGCUUCUCAAGUACUGCUACCAUGGGCCGUCCACGUGGGGGCCUGAGGAGGCAGAUGACAGAGUCCAAAUAUGAGACCGAAUCCAAGUACCAGCUCGAUCUGGGCAAGCCUGAGAAGAAGCCUGAGGAGAAGAAGAACAUGCUGAUUGACAUUGUGGACACUUCUCAACAGAAGUCAGCUGGUCUGCUGAUGGUACACACCACAGAUGGGGCAAAAUCGGAGGAUAACAGCUUGUCUGAGGGUGACAGGAACGAGGCAGUGAGUCCCGACAGCACCCCUGGGGAGCUUCGCGACCCCAACCAGCCAGCUCCCACCAACCCCCCAGCUCCCAAGGCGCUAUCAGCUGCUCCACAUGGCAAGACCAUCAUAACUGUUAGCUCAGUGGAUGAGCCUGUCAAGCUGCCCUUCGGCAUCCCUCCACCGCCCUUGGCCUCUGUCGACAUCGAUGAAGAGUUUGUUUUUGCUGAACCCCUACCACCCCCACUGGAGUUUGCCAACAGUUUUGACAUUCCUGAAGACCAGACAGGGACUCUAGCUGAACUGCUCAAACAGAAAACGAAUGGUACAAAAGGACCUUCUCUUGCUCCCUACUAUCCCCUGUUAGGUGGUGGGAAUUCCGAAAUCAAAAGACCAACGGUCCUCACAAACUGCACACCUCCUAGCUUCCCUCCAGGGCCGCUAGAGCCCUAUGAACAAAUCAAUGACUCUGGCAUUGAGGUAGACAGCCGGAGCAGCGGUGACCCCCAACUGGAGACCACCAGCACCAUCUCUACUGUGUCCAGUAUCUCAACCUUGUCUUCUGAAGGAGGCGAGACUCUGGACACAUGCACUGUCUAUGCAGAUGGACAAGCCUUUCUGGUGGACAGGUCUCAAAUCCUGUCAAAACCAAAACCCAAACCUGCCAUCAAGAGCAACGCACUUUACAAGGACGCUUUGCCUGAGGAGAAUGUGAGCUCUUUCAGAAUGCCCUCCUCUUUCCCACCUCCGCCCCCUGGAUCAAUUCCACCAGAACCCUUGAAAACACCAACGCAACGAACCUCAAAGCUGUGGGGGGACCUUCCGGAGAUGAAAGGACCCCAUGGCCCUGAAGCCAAUUCAGUUCUGCAGCAUGUGAACAAGGAAAAAGCACCAAAGCCAGGGGAAGCAUUAGACUCUCCGACAGGAUCCAGGACUCACUUCGGAAUGAGAAAUCAGGAUGGUGUAUCCCUCAUCUCAGGUACACAGCAGAACACCACCGUUACCUUCACUGCCCAGCCUGGCCCCAACGUGCCUGCCCCAUCACCGUGCCGACAGGCCGAGAGCCUGCCUCCCCACCACCACACCCCGAGCCCUAUCAUGUCCCCGCCGGACUCUGGCCUUAGCUGUGCCUCUUCCCUCCCGACCUCAGUCACUUCCCCCACCAUGACGGACGUAUUUGGUCUGCCCACACCACCCCUCAGCCUGGGCACGGGGCGUAGCCGCUCCCCUUCCCCGCUCACCCUUAUCCAGGCUGCAUCAAACAAGCCCUUUGCCACCAAACCCAUCCUCAUGUGGAGCAAACAGGACGUGGCCGACUGGCUUGAGAGCCUAAACCUGGGAGAGCACAGGGAUGCCUUUAUGGACAAUGAUAUCGAGGGCAGCCACUUGCCCAACCUGCAAAAGGAGGAUCUGAUCGACUUGGGCGUGACUCGUGUGGGUCACAGAAUGAACAUCGAGCGAGCGCUGAAAGUCCUCUUGGACAGAUGAGACUGGGCAGACGUCCUCACCAGGACUCUGCGCAUCUUGUUCAUAAGCUUCUGUCCCUCUUCCCUUAUUUCAGUUUACUAAUUUGAACACUUUGUUGUCCUAUCAUGCUUUCGGUGGAUUUUAGGAACUCUCACAUCCUGAAGAAACUCAAGCAUUCAAAAUAUCCGCGCAAGCACAAGCGGUUACCUGUGUUUCUGUUCCAAGAGCUCCAGCACCAGAGAGGACAUUGAAGCCAACACACUGUAUGGAAACUACAAACACGAGCUGACUAUCCUUUGGCUUUUAAGGACUUUGGCCUCCUUUGAAUGCACUGAAACCAGCAGAGCUGGGGAUCCAUUUUCUAUCUUUGCUAAGACAAUUCUACAGAGAAUAUUUCUUCAGGAAAAAAGGGAACCUUUGUCUAUGUAUCAGCUGCCUAUAAAAUAUCUUGCUUUUUUUUUUCUACACCUUCGAACAAGAGAUAAAUGAAUCUCAGAGAUGUGAUCAGCGGCAUUUAGGUGUCCCUCAGUUCAUUCCCUGACAGUCCUAGAAGGGCCGCGGUCACUUGAAAACAAAUAUCCCUACAUGCGAACAAAUGUAACCGUAGCAAGCAACAGGUCUCUCCAACAUUUUAAAUCUUCAAGUCUCUUAAUACGUUAACAUAGGAUGUUUGUCUGAAUGAUCAACAAUUCUCUUGAGUCUCUUUGAAUUGUGGUUUUACUAUUAGGUGUCUUCCAUAUGGUAAGGAGGUCUGCAGCAUUCCCACCAACAUUUUAUUUGGACCUUUAGUCAACACUAGUUUUGCGUUGUUGCUCAGUGUUGCUAGUCAGUAAUAAUUUCCAGCAGGUUUUAUUUGGAAAAUUCAAAGACAGGAACACAUAAGAUCUGAAAUAUUGAGGUUUAGUUUCAUGGGUGAAUGGAAAAUAAUUGAAGUAGAAACUGACAAUUCUGCCUGACACAAUCACUCUGAAAGGGCCAGUAUGUGUGUCUUUUGCUUUAAAUACGUGAUGAAUUCUUAAUUUAAAAAUGUAUUUUUAUGCACUGUAUUUAUUUUUUGUAAUUAUAAUCCUCUAAAUCAUUUUAUUGUUGGGUGGUAAAAAGGAACGUCCAGAAAACGACAGAAAACCUCCUUAAUCUAUACAUAUCAAUGUCGUCAAUUGUAACUAAUACCAGAC